UUCUAAUCCCCUUCUCCAGCUCCUCCACUUCUCUCUCUGUGUGAGCGAAUCUGGGAUCCGACGUCGCCAUCUCGGGGCUAGGGUUUGUAUCCGAAGACGGAAACGAAGAGGAAAAGCUCGUGCUUUUCUUGGAGAUUCCGAGGAUUUGGUUAUUCUUGCUGAGCCUAUGAGAAGAUCGGAGGGCACUUACUAAUUUCUCAGUUUCAGAGAUGGUCUCCUUAAGGCCUACAGGGAAAUAUGGACGAGAGAUUUUUACUCCUCUGCAUGAAGUGUUUGGAGAUCAGAUUGAUUUUAUGAAGCUUGCUUCAAAUGGAUUUUGUUUUGGCUGUCUGUGUUGCCGGUUCUAAGAGUCAGUUAAAAAAAAGAUGGGAUGAACAGACAAAAAUGAAGUUUACUGAACUUCGGAUCUUUUAAGAUAUAUGUUGCUGUGAAUUCAUAUUUGGCAGUGGCCAGUGGGUGUGCUGCUGGAUUUGUGAAAUGAAACUCUGUAUCGAAAGUGGUUAACGGAUGUGGAUAAAUCUUUGCUGAUUCAGGUAAGUUGUUCAUUUGGAAAAAGAGAAGCUGUAUGGAUGCCAAGAAAAUUGAUAUCAGCAUCUAGUGGUGGUUGAUUGGGUAGGUAUUUGGUCAAAAAUUCAGGUGUUUGGCAUGUUGAUGAGAUCCACAAGAGGAAUUUUCUACAAAUCCAUCAUUGUGUCAGCUCUGAGUUUUUGAAAGGUUGUUGAAGGUUUUAUGGAACUCUAGGGGGUUCUGAUUCCGAAGAAGCUUCUUAGACAUAGUGUAUCUGCGAAAAGGGUUAAGGUCCUUGAGGCUAAGUGAAAAGGGCUACUUCUUGUUUAGUUGGACAUCAGAUUUCCAUUAAGGGGGGAUGGGCCUUCUUUGUGACUUCUGCAGGGAGCAAAGGUCUAUGGUCUACUGCAGACCUGAUGCUGCUUGUUUAUGUUUGUCAUGUGACCGCAAUGUUCACUCUGCAAAUGCACUUUCUCGGCGUCACUUGCGUACUCUUGUAUGUGGCAGAUGCAAUUCACAGCCUGCAGGAGUUAGGUGCAUUGAGGAAAAUGUCUCUCUUUGUCAAACUUGUGAUUGGAAUGGACACGGUGACUCGGCGUCAGCUUUGGGGCACAAAAGACAAGCAAUUAACUGCUACUCAGGUUGUCCAUCAUCAGCAGAGCUUUCUAGGAUUUGGUCCUUUGCUCUAGAUUUUCCCCCAGUGGCAGAUUCAAAUGGUGAACAAGGGUUACGAUUAAGCAUCAACGAGAAUAGCAUCAGUAAUUGUAGCGAUUCUCCUGAUAACGGCAGAACUGUUGAUUUAUGUAGUGCAGGUGGGGUGAAUAAUCUUGACAUAAUCGACAACUUGGAUACUUGGAUUGGCUCAUCGUCAAACUCUGCUGUUGCUAUGAUGCCAUGUAAUGCUGAUCAACUGGCUGGACCAGUAGAUUUGGUGACACCUAAGCUAUGCUGUACUGAGACAAGGAACCAUGAAAUCUGUAAAGAUGAUGGGUUAAAUGAAGAUUUCAAUGUGGAUGAUGUUGACUUGACUUUUGAGAACUAUGAAGAACUUUUUGGUGUCUCUCAUAAUCAUUCAGGGCAAUUUAUUGGGGAUGUUGGAAUUGAUGACCUGUUUGAAAUGGACAUGUCUGCUGCCAAUUCCAACUGCCAAGGCACAUUCACUGCAGAGGCAUUAUCUUCUGGAAAGGUGGAAUCAAUGCAGGCAGCAUGCAGCCAUGCAGCAUCUGCUGAUUCCAUGAUGUCCAAUCCAGGAAUCAAUGCCGAUCCUAACCUGUGUUUCUCCACAAGGCAAGCUCCUUCCAGCCUCUCUCUUUCCUUCUCUGGUUUGACUGGCGAGAGCAGCGGUGGAGACUAUCAAGAUUGUGGGAUGUCAUCUACACUUGUCAUGGGUGAACCUCUAUGGUAUCCUCCUGGUCCUGAGAGUUCUUCAUUCCCGACUGCUAGCAGGGACAGUGCUGUCAUUCGUUACAAGGAAAAAAAGAGAAUGCGGAAGUUUGAGAAGAAAAUUAGGUAUGCAUCUCGCAAAGCCAGAACAGAUGUCAGAAGGCGGGUGAAAGGGAGGUUUGUCAAGGCCGGCGAUGCUUAUGAUUAUGACCCACUCUGCCAGUCCAGGAGCGGUUGAGGAGGAUGACACACUCUCUUCUAAGCAUACAAUUGACGGAAACGUGAUCGCCUUCCCUAGCAUUUGACAAGGCCAUGAACAUUCAGAGAACUCCGAAGUCUUUAAAAGCUAGACAGCUGAAAUCUUGAUAUGGAAUGCUUCUGGCCACAUGAAAAAGUAAUAUCAAGUCCAGCUUGCAAGCCAUUCUUCUCUGAUGUGAAUGGAGCAACUAUUUUACAUGUGCAUGGGAAGUGGUCUCAUAUCUAUCUAACAUGUCAAUUUUUACUGGUUGCCAGCAUUUUGUAUGCCUCUUUCUUGCCUCCUCUUUCUUCUUUUCUGACAUUGGUGGAGUAUGUAACUGCAUUAUCGCAGUCUGUGAUGAAAGUGAGAUGCUAGUUAUGGUUUUUGUUUAAAUAUUUAUAUCUACAUAUAUGUAUAUGCUUCCAUGUGAGAUUUGUAGAGCAUACUGUCUAUCGUAUUUAGUUGAGAGGAAACACUUUGUAUGUAUUGUGCUCGUGAAAGAGAAACCAUCCAUGUAAACUUUGAAAUGCUUUUUAGUUAUUCUGUGAGCUUGUGAUUGUGGUCGAACUCCGUAAUUGAAUCCCUAAAGCUUU